AAAAGAAGCAGCUGAUUUCUACGUAGACCAUCAAUCAAAACCUUUUUACAAUGAGCUUCUCCAGUUUAUAACAAGUGGUCCCAUUGUUGCUAUGGAAAUCUUAGGAGAUGAUGCAGUUUGUAAAUGGAAAACAUUACUGGGGCCAGCAAACUCUGCAGUGGCUCAGACUGAUGCACCAGACAGCAUUAGAGCGAACUUCGGACACGAUGGCCUAAGAAAUGCAGCUCAUGGCCCAGAUUCAGUUGCUUCAGCUGCACAAGAGCUGGAGUUGUUCUUUCCCUCCAGUGGAGGUCGCGGACCAGUCAACAGUGCAAAAUUCACGAACUGUACUUGUUGCAUUAUUAAGCCUCAUGCAGUUAAUGAAGGCCUAUCUGGAAAGAUUAUAAAAGCCAUCAUAAAUGAAGGAUUUCAGAUCUCAGCUUUGCAGAUGUUCAACAUGGAGCGUACAAAUGUGGAAGAAUUUUACGAGAUUUACAAAGGUGUCGUUCCUGAAUAUGUGGAGAUGGUGACGGAGUUGUGUUCAGGUCCUUGCAUAGCAAUGGAGAUUAUACAACCCGAGACUCCAAAAGUGUUCAGAGACUUCUGUGGUCCUUCUGACCCUGAAAUAGCCCGUCAUCUCCGACCUGGCACUCUGCGUGCUGUCUUUGGGAAGAACAAGAUUCAGAAUGCUGUCCACUGCACAGACCUGCCUGAAGAUGGACUUUUGGAGGUGCAGUACUUCUUCAAGAUCCUGGACAACUAACAGCCUCUGUCCUCACCCAAUGCAAAAGACACACACACAGAACAGUGUGUUCAUUCAUUUAUUUGUCCAAUGUUUCAACCUGACUGAAAUACAAGAUCAACAAGAGCACUGUACUCCUGGCUAUUAUUAUAUGUUAGAACAUAGAGUUUUGCACUUUAGACAACAUUUAACACCAUUCUAUGGGGUACUGCAUUGCUUUUAUAAAGUUUAAAAUAAAGAUUUAUUU